CCCAGCGACCCCAGGCUUGCUCAAGCCUCCAGCCUCCUUCCCGGACCUGCAGCCGAAGAGGAAGACCGCGAGGCAGGUGCUGGGGCGGCCGACAUCUCCCCCCCAAAACCCCCAGCCGAUCGGGGGUGGGGGGGAUUCCCACCAGCGAGCCCUGCCGCGAGUCAGGAAGACGGGCUGGUGCUGCUGUGUUUGUAUUUAUAUCCAUUGCUGCGCUCUGCGUUCCCUUGCUGCGCCCGGACCCUCCUCCGCCCCCCCUCCUCUUCCUCCUCCUGGGCUACCUCCCCUCCUUCCCCACCCCCAUCUGCUACUGUCAAAUGAGAAAGUCACCGAGGAGAACCCAAACACUCCAGCCGCGGAGGGCCCCCUUUGGCACUUGGCAGCACGCGGCGGCCGGCUCCUCGGCUCAACAACUUGGUGGGGUCUUCGCGACGCAACUUUCCGAGCUGCUCUGCAUUUAAGAGAGACAAGACCGAGGAGGAGGGGAGUUCUGCGGGGCAGCGACUACCUGCGGGGAGUUCGCGAGCAAACACAGCCGGAGAGGAAGGACAAAAAGAAAGCAAAGGGCAAAACUGCCACCGUGGGGUGGGGGUACCGCCGAGAAGUUCCUGUGCCCCCGAGAGGAUUUUCCCUAGCGCUCGGCGAGAGAGACCAGGCAGGCCCGGGGCGUGGCGCGGCCCUGGGCUCACCCCCCAGCCCCCUCUUCCCGGGCGGGAGCGACGCCGGGCGCGAAGUGGGGCCGGCGAGCGCGGGCAGGCCGAACGAGUCCCCGCGGACAGCCAACAUUGAUUUCCUCCGGGCGGAGGGCGACGGCCCGGGGGGCGGCGGCGGCGGCGGGCUGCAGCCGCGGCACGGCGAGAGCAUGUCCAAGCCGGUGGACCACGUCAAGCGGCCCAUGAACGCCUUCAUGGUGUGGUCGCGGGCUCAGCGGCGCAAGAUGGCCCAGGAAAACCCCAAGAUGCACAACUCGGAGAUCAGCAAGCGCCUGGGCGCCGAGUGGAAGCUUCUCACCGAGUCGGAGAAGCGGCCGUUCAUCGACGAGGCGAAGCGCCUGCGCGCCAUGCACAUGAAGGAGCACCCCGACUACAAGUACCGGCCGCGGCGCAAGCCCAAGACGCUGCUCAAGAAGGACAAGUUCGCCUUCCCUGUGCCCUACGGCCUGGGCAGCGUGGCCGACGCCGAGCACCCGGCACUCAAGGCGGGCGCCGGGCUGCACGCGGGCGCGGGCGGCGGCCUGGUGCCUGAAUCGCUGCUCGCCAAUCCCGAAAAGGCGGCCGCCGCCGCUGCCGCCGCCGCCGCGCGCGUCUUUUUCCCGCAGUCGGGGCACACGCACUCGCACCCCAGCCCGGGCAACCCUGGCUAUAUGAUCCCGUGCAACUGCAGCGCGUGGCCCAGCCCCGGGCUGCAGCCGCCGCUCGCCUACAUCCUGCUGCCCGGCAUGGGCAAGCCUCAGCUGGACCCCUACCCCGCGGCCUACGCCGCCGCGCUAUGACCCCGCGGGGCCGCCUCGCGAGGACCGGUGUGCACACGUGUACAUAUGUAUAGGUACGAGCUCCGCGGCCUCCCCGUGCGCCCUCCCGCGACGGGGGCCCCGGUUUGUAUGUAUAUAGGAUGUAUAGGUGCAGGUAGAGGCAGAGAUGACAGUCGGGGCGCGAGUGGCAGAGCGCGCGAGUGCUCGGGCGAGUGUGCGUGUGAAUUCACAGAUCAUUUCAGACCCGCACUUCGGCAGCCCACUUUAAGGAGGGCGGUUGUAUCCGACAGCAGUUGAUGUUUGCUUUGCACUUCGGAACUGUUGCUUUUUGGCCCACAGAGGUGGAGGAGUAACUUUUUGACAUGUUGGGCUUUCCAGUUUUGUUUGUUGGAAGUUAAUUGUCGGUUUUGUUUUUGUUUCUCAUUAUCUUUUUUUUUUCCCCCUCCUGGUCUGUGUCGCAUGCACUCUGUUCAAGUAUUAGGUCUGAAAUGGCUGGCACAAGGGAAAAGCUUAUCUGUGUCAUUAGUUUCUCAGAGAGAGAUGGCUCUGAGCGGCCUUGCUCCCUAUUUGUACUAUUUGACUUUGCAAAUCUCUGUUCUCUCAAGCAGAACUCACAGACCGGAUCCAUUCUUGACCAGUGACCGGCUCGAAUCUGGCCUUUUGUAUGUGAGAUGAUCACGCUUUCUUUUGUUUAUCGCGUCAUAUGCAAAUGAGAGCAAGAGCUCUUAAGAGCAAGGAAUGCAAACAAGAAAUAUGUGCGAGAUGAAAAGUUGUCAAUUGGAUUUUAUCCCUUAAAAAAAAAACUGAUAAGUCUCCCUGAGUCCACUUGCUUGGAUUUCUGACACAGUUUACAGGAAGAUAAAAGGCACUGUUCCUAUUUUCCCCUUAUGGCUGAGUUCACCUUAAGAUUGUAAAUGUGUAUAUGUCCGUGAAAACAUGGAGUCUGAAAAUGUGUUAUUUGCGUUGCCCUAAAUUUGAGUCGGUUUUAGACUCUAAAGCAUUUUGAGCAAAUGUCAAAGUUAACUUUUAAAAAUUGCGGGACUAUUUCAGAAUCGCAGUUUUAUCUAAGAUGAAAUCAGACUUUUUCGUCUGAGUGGUAAUGAUAUAUUUAUUAUUUAGCAAAACUGAAAAAAACCAGAAUUGUUUGACAGAUGUCUCUGAUUUUCAGCUAGCAUUUCUUCACCAACUUGAACCGCUUAAAUGUGUUUUGGAGUUCCCUCCCUAAUUAGCUUAUUUUUUAGAUUACCUGCAAUUCAUUUGCAAAUUAUGAUAAAACACAUUUUAGAGAAAAGAACCUCAAUUAUAGCUUUUUGUUUCUUUUUAAAUGUAUAUAUUUUGACUAAUGUUUGUGAAUGAAGUUGGCUAACAUGUAUUUAGUUUCAUUUUGACUUUAUGUAAUAUAAAGUUUUAAAAAGUUUAAGUAUUGGUUUUAACCUUUAUGUGUAAAUGGUUUUCUUGUGUGAUCUUCUAAUUUAAUAUUAGACGUCUAAACUAUAUCUGUAAAUUAGAA